AUGGCAGAAGAUCGAUUGGAGGAAGAGCCAGGCCAUCCAGUACCUCCAGGGGAGCCUGCAAUUCCUAUUAACCACACUACACCUGCCGGUUUUCUCCUUGCGUGGCCAUCUAUUUAUCGCAUUGUUGGACCACAUCUGAGAGCCAAAGGCAUUAAACACAUUACGGAAUACCCUAUUAGCCACGAGCAAAACCAGUGUAUUCAAACGCCCAGCCACGCCUCAGCCUGGGGUCCCGUCAAGGCAGGCAACCUCUUACUUCCGGGCGAGGCUAAGGCAGGCUCAUGCAAAAAAAAGCUUGUCCAGGCAGGCUUAGGCAAGGUUGAGAUUUUGUACAGGCGGGCUUAG